AUGGCCCAGUUCGUGCAGCAGAAACAAACACAUCACACAAAGUUCGGUUUAAAAACCGAAUCGACCCUAACAAUAUAUACUGUUCAACCCCUUUUCCCUAAUUUGGUCUCUCUUCUUCUCUUCCAGUCCUCGCGAUUCCGUUGGUCGGUGUCGUCUUCCUACCAGCAACAAGCUACAGCAAAAUUAGCAAAGAUGGUUAUGCAAGAUGAGGAAAUCACACGGCUUUACAGAAUUCGGAAGACAGUGAUGCAGAUGCUGAAGGAUAGAGGCUAUAUGGUGGGUGACUUUGAGAUUGAGAUGACAAAGUAUCAGCUUAUUCAGAAGUUGGGUGAAAAUAUGAAAAGAGAAGACCUCAUAAUUCAUAAAGGCUUGCGCAGUGAUCCCAAUGAUCAGAUAUAUGUGUUCUUUCCUGAGGAACAGAAAGUCGGUGUCAAGACUAUGAAGACCUAUACCAAUCGCAUGAAAGAAGAGAGUGUUCAUCGGGCUAUUUUAGUGGUUCAGCAGAAUUUAACUCCAUUUGCUCGUUCAUGUGUCAGUGAAAUAUCUACUAAAUUUCACCUUGAAGUUUUCCAGGAGGCUGAACUGUUAGUCAAUAUAAAAGACCAUGUUCUUGUACCCGAGCACCAGCUUCUGACUCCUGAAGAAAAGAAGACUUUGCUUGAAAGAUACACUGUGAAAGAAACACAGUUGCCUCGCAUCCAGAUAACCGAUCCAAUUGCUAGAUAUUACGGGCUGAAGCGAGGACAAGUUGUUAAAAUCAUACGACCAAGCGAGACUGCAGGGCGAUAUGUCACUUACCGAUAUGUGGUCUGAACUUCUAAAGCUUUCUUUGCCUUUUAAAUGGUUUUGGCUGUUGUGUGACAUUGUAAUUGUUUGUGCUUUUAUGUAUGUUCUUGGUGAAACUUAAUCGACAGUGACCUUUGAUGUCCAAAAAAACCCGAUCUGUUGUUCUGACUGAUGGUUUCAGCUCUAGAUUUGAAACUUGAUAAAAAAAUACCAACAAAUUUACUCUAGUA